CUGCAUGUGUCAUGAAGGUCAUAACAGGUAAACGGCGCCAACAAUGUCUUCCGAGCACGAGCAUAUGCAGCGCACCCUCAAGGUCUGUCUUUUGUCCGCAGAGUGGAAUACGAUGAAUCGAUCUCGAAUUUUUGUGUCCGACAGAAAAAGAGAACAAAAAGAGCAAAGGGACAUGGCUCAGAAACCAAGGACUUUCAAGUUUGAAGGUGUUACCAUGACUCAUUAUUUCACAGAUAAUUGGGAAAAAGUGAAAAAUUUCAAAGCGAAACCCGAUGAUGUAGUUAUAGCUACAUACCCCAAAGCAGGGACAACCUGGAUGUCCGAGAUUGUUGAUCAGCUCUUUUUCGGUGAGAUUCGGAGGGAAUCCUCAUCACCCUCAAUCUUUGAUCGAGUGCCGUUUCUGGAGUUCUGUGAAGAUUUUCAGACAGGGACAGAUCAGAUAGAGAGUCUACUUACUUCUCCGCGUCUCAUCAAAACUCAUCUUCCAGUGCAGCUGGUGCCGCAGUCCUUCUGGGAGCAAAACUGCAGGAUGAUAUAUGUGGCCCGGAACCCAAAAGACAUCAUGGUGAGCUACUACCAUUUCGACAGGAUGAAUAAGAUUCAACCAGACCCAGGAGCUUGGGAAGAAUACAUCGACAAAUUUAACACUGGACAGUUGGUGUUCGGUUCCUGGUAUGACCACGUCCAAGGCUGGUGGGAAAAAAGCAGGAGCUACUCAAGGAUUUGCUAUGUUUUCUUUGAGGAUAUGAGAGAGGAUCCUGCUCGUGAGAUUUCCCGCCUGUGCUCCUUCUUGGGUCUCUCACCAAAUGAGACACAGAAGAAGGAAGUGCUGAGAAAAACGGGGUUUGAGGAGAUGAAGAAAAGCAUGGCAGAUGCGUUGUCCAACAAUGAUGAGUUCGACGAGUCUGUUUCUCCCUUCAUGAGGAAAGGAAUUGUAGGUGACUGGAAGAAUCAUUUCACAGUGGCUCAAAAUGAAGCCUUCAAUGAAGAAUAUCGAAAGAAGAUGAAGGAGAGUGACCUGAAGUUCAAAAUGGAAAUCUAG